AACGACGAGUGGAGCAUUGGUGUUGUGAUUCGUUGAUUACAAUCGCCCCAACACUCGUUCCAACUCUUAAUUUAUUUUUGACACAUCAGCCCGCACGACCAUUGCUCUGGUUUAAUUGUUGAGCAAUUGGGGGCUCACUAACGGUAAACACCGACUUUCCUCGUUGAUCAGCUUCAAGAUUUUUUUUUUUCAACCCGGGGAAAGCCAAGUGAAACAAAGAGACUGAAAUUGGAAAAUUUUUGGUGGAAACAAUAAGUGGAAAAAUUGACUGUGACAUUUUUUUUUCAUCAUCCGUGAUUAGUGUAUUUAUUAUUUUAAUUAAUCGCUGAUUGAAGCUGAACUCGGUGAACUCAGAGUGGAUAACUGUUGCUUCGAAUAUGUGGAAUCGUGUGCAAGUGGUGUUUAACGGGUGUUGAGGACACCAAGGACUCUUCGUUGAGGAUCAGGAGGGCCACGUGGACGCGUUGCUAGCUCCCGGAAAAAUGUAGAUGUGCAAGUAUGUCGGAGAGGGGGAUGCAAGCAGCGUGCGAGGAGCAAGAGACGAAAACCUCGCUCUAUGUAUUCCCAGGUCCAAUUCCACCCCGGGUGCCACCAUUGAAUCCCCUCCAAUCGCCACCAACGAUAACAACAACGAGUCUGCCCUGGUACAAAGACAGUGGCGAAGAUACCAACGACGACGAGGAGUCGAAACGCCGACGAUCAGGUACCCACAGGCACACGAGAUCGGCAAGCCACGGUGGGGUUCUUGCGACAUCGUCGACGGGUUGGCAAUCGACACUGGGCUCACCCGGAAAUUUUGGCACUGGGAGCAUUGGCUCCAGUGGACGCCCAUCGGCACUCAAAAAACCUGGACAUCAGAGGGCAUUCUCUCAGGGACAAGUUGUCGAGGUUCAAGGGACUGUCACUGGUCACAGCCGAGUUGGCUCCAGAACCGAUUUUAUUCUACCUCCUGGACAUCGAGAGGAGCCAAGACCUGCCACUGCCAAAACACCGUCGUUUCGGGGACAUUCACGACAGGCCUCGAGGUCAGAGUCAAUCUACACAAUUCGACGUAGUGCUGCGCCACCCUGGUGGAGGCGUGCGUGGUCAAGAUGUUUUGGAUCACCACCCGAAGAGCCCAAACUCAGGACCAUCAUUCCAAAUCACCUGGUACCACCCAAAACACCAGCGAAAAAACAUCCCAAUGGCAGUCACGACAACAGGGUGCGCACAACAAAAUACACAGCCCUGAGCUUUCUCCCUCGGAACCUGAUGGAGCAAUUUCACCGUGUGGCAAAUUUGUACUUCAUAUUCAUUGUCCUGCUGAACUGGGUGCCAGCGAUAAACGCAUUUGGCAAAGAAAUAGCGAUGAUACCAGUAUUAUUCGUUCUCGGUGUGACAGCCCUGAAGGACUUCUUCGAGGACAGGAGAAGAUACGCGAGUGAUCAGCGUGUCAACAAUUCAACUUGUCGAGUUUAUCUGAGUGAAGUCGAUCGUUACGCAAAAGUUCCCUGGAAGGACGUGAAGGUCGGUGACCUCGUUCAUCUCUCGAACAAUGAGCUGGUGCCAGCCGAUAUCCUCCUCCUCCGGAGCAGCGAUCCCCAGGGAUUUGCUCUCCUCGACACAUGCAAUCUCGAUGGUGAGACUAAUCUCAAGCAGCGACAGGUGGUCCGUGGCUUCCUGGACCUCCAGGACACCUUUCAGCCAUCAAAAUUUCGUUCAGUCGUCGAAGUUGAUCGGCCGAGCACGAAGAUCUACAGAUUUUACGGCGCAGUUGUCCAUCCUAAUGGCGCGAGAGUACCAGUUACCACCGAGAAUCUUUUGCUGAGGGAAUGCUUGCUGAAGAAUACUGACUUUGUCGAGGGCAUUGUCGUUUAUGCGGGCCAUGAGACCAAGGCCAUGCUCAAUAAUGGGGGACCGAGGUACAAACGUUCAAGGCUCGAGAGACAGAUGAAUCUGGACAUAGUCUGGUGUGUAGUGAUCCUGGUGGUGCUGUGCAUCGUGGGUGCAGCUGGUUGUAAAUUCUGGCUCUCAACAUUCACAACAGACGCCCUAGUGCCCUUCCUCCCUUCCUUCAAGGAGCCAAUUUACGAGGGAAUGCUUACAUUCUGGACAUUCGUAAUAAUUCUCCAAGUUAUGAUACCCCUGAGCCUCUACGUGACGAUGGAGAUGGCCAAGGUGGGUCAGGUAUAUCACAUCGGACACGACACAUCCCUCUUUGAUCCUGAGACUGGACGCAAGGCCGAGUGCAGGGCCCUCAACAUCACCGAGGAACUGGGUCAAAUUGAGUACGUCUUCUCGGACAAAACUGGAACACUAACCGAGAACAAGAUGAUAUUUCGUAGAUGUGCAGUGGGCGGUCAGGAUUACGGGCAUCUUGGUGAGGACGAGAAUAUCCUAGCUUGCACUCGGUUGAAGGAAGAUUUAUUGAUUGGCAAUGCACGUCAUAGGCUACAGGAGUUUCUCAUACUUCUGGCUAUUUGCAAUACUGUUGUUGUUAAUACACAGCCACACCAUGAUCUCAUGAACUCGAGUGGUGUGAUUGAAGAGCCACAGAAAAAUGGAGUUGCCAUGAGGUACACGAGACUGUCAGAAUCCCGAAGUACGACUCCCCCGUCUCCCCCAGGACCUCCUGUACCUCCAGCACCUCAAGAGGGUGGUCUAGAGCCCCUAGCAAUAAGCGUAGCGAAUUUACCUACUAAAAUAUCUCGUCCACGUCUCCUUAACGUUCCCACGAUUCCAAGUUUGAACAUCGGCAUUCUCCGCAAGCAUUCACCCACUGGAACCCGAGGUAGUCCAUCCUCACCACGUGCAAAUUCAUCGAUAAAUUCCGAAUCUCCACCCCCAAUAUACGAGGCUGAGAGUCCUGACGAGUUGGCACUGGUGCACGCUGCCAAGGCCUACGACGUGAAACUCAUCAAGAGAACGGCUCGCAGUGCAGUCAUAUCUCUCCCAGACAAAUCUACUCUGGCCUUCGAGAUACUCUACGUUUUACCCUUCGACUCGAGCAGAAAAUGCAUGUCAAUAGUUGUGAAGCAUCCGCACACCGAUGAAAUAGUAUUGUACACGAAGGGAGCUGAUUCAACACUUUUAUCGUCCCUCACGUCUUCAGAGGAGGAGUCCUCGGCAACGGUUAAAGUACGUCAACUACUGCAUUCGUACGCUAGACAGGGGCUGAGGACACUGGCGAUGGCCAGGAGGUCAUUGUCCUCGAGUGAAUUUGAGGCGUGGAAGCAGAGGCAUUCGGAAGCAGAAUUGGCUAAUGACAAUCGUGAGAGAAGGGUGCGAGAGUCUUUCUCCCAGUUGGAAUCGAAUUUAACUCUGGUUGGUGCAACUGGAAUUGAGGAUAAAUUGCAGCAAGGGGUGCCUGAGGCAAUGGCAGCUCUUGUCGAUGCUGGAAUUGUCGUCUGGGUGCUCACUGGGGAUAAACCGGAGACAGCUGUCAAUAUAGCAUACUCUGCCAAACUUUUUUCACCGGCUAUGCAGCUGCUGAGGCUACAGGCGAGAUCCAAGUCGGUGGCUGAGGGCCUCAUUCAUGGAUUUCUCGAGGCUAUCAGGAUUGAAACUGCUGGGAGGAUCGGUGAGGGCUCAUCUCAGCCUCCAGUUAAUCCCACUGAGGAUGACAGGGUUGCUCAUAGGAUUGGGGCACCGUGGCCGAGGCAGAGGGCUCUUGUUGUCGAUGGAAAGACUCUCACUUUUAUAUUGGAUCCCAGGUCUGGACUCACUGCUCCCUUCUUGGAGCUCACCAGGAGUUGCUCAAGUGUUCUGGCGUGUCGUGCUACACCUCUCCAGAAGGCUUAUAUCGUCAGAGUUGUCAAGGAGAAGCUGGGAAUGAGGACACUCGCUAUUGGCGAUGGGGCCAAUGAUGUCAGCAUGAUUCAGACUGCUGAUGUUGGUGUUGGGGUGUCUGGGAGGGAGGGAACUCAGGCGGUUAUGGCCUCGGAUUUCGCUGUCGCCAGAUUUCCCAUGCUGACUAGGCUACUUUUACUUCAUGGACACUGGUGCUAUGAUAGACUCGCCAGGAUGAUACUCUAUUUUUUUUAUAAGAAUGCCAUGUUUGUCUUCCUCAUUUUUUGGUAUCAGCUUUAUUGUGGAUUCUCUGGCGCCGUUAUGAUUGAUCAAAUGUACCUGAUGCUCUACAAUCUACUAUUUACCUCACUGCCACCCCUCGCCAUCGGAAUCUACGACAGAAUAGCAUCACCAAAUAUUUUACUAGCAUCACCGGAACUUUAUAGCCGAGGGAGACUUGGUCUUGUCUACAAACCCCAUUCGUUUUGGAUCACAAUGGCUGAUGCUUUGUAUCAAAGCAUCAUUAUUUUCUUCGUCACCGAAGCUGCUUAUCAUGAUUCCGAUGUCGACAUCUGGGAGUUUGGAACUACAAUAACUACCUCCUGUAUUUCCGUAAUGCUUAUUCAUGUUUCCCUUGAGAUUAGAUCGUGGACGAUUAUACACGUUGGGACGAUACUGGCAUCCCUCGGACUGUUUUUUGGAUUCUGCAUUCUGUAUAAUGUAGCGUGCGUGAGUUGCAUCGGUUUGCCGGGAUCGUACUGGGUGAUGCCAGUGGCUAUUUCAAGAUGGGUUUAUUGGAUGACUGUCCUGCUUGCCUCCGUCCUUGCCACGUUGCCGAGACUCGUUUACAAGACUGUAAAAAAUACAGUAACCCCAGACAUGAUUCAACGUGCAAAAUUACACUAUCGUAUGAAACGUAAUCGAGAAACAGAUGAUUGUCGACAGGGAAUAACAGGAAGAGGUGAGCGUGGUCUAGUCGCUGGUUGGUCGCGUUCCACACAACACGCGACCAUAAGACCUGGAGCUUACGGAGGCAAGAGUAAUGUCCUAACGACCAUUGUUGCCUGAAAAUCUCGACCAAAAUAGCUGAAACGAUGGAGUAAUUAUUUUCGAACAUAGGGAAUUAGAUGAAUUAAUUUUGUGGCUCGACACCACAAAAUCAUGAACAUAAUGUGCCAGACUGAAUGUCACACACAAGACUCGCUUUGAAAUAUUGCAUUUAGAUUUUUUAAUGAUAAAAGUACGUUGAAAUCACAUAUGCCUAAUUCAAGUGUGCGAGAGCAGUCACAUGGCUUUUCGUUCUCUCUUUUUACGAAAAAUAUUUCUUUGUUGUUGGACGAACCUGUUGAUUUUGCGAAAUGAUGUGGCCUUCCAAUGCCUCCUACAUGGGACUGCUGUUCGUUGCAUUUAUUGGCUGUGACUGUUAAAUGGGACCAAGUCUUUUUAUUAAUGAGUGGUGGGAAUACGUAUUAAUGGCUGAUUGGUGUGAAAAAUGAGGGAAUGGAAUUGGGGGUUUGGAAACGAGUAAAUGGUAGUCAAUAUUGCGGUGGAGUUGGAUCCACAGAGAAUGCAUUUUUUUAACGUUAUUUUUUUCGCUUUGUUGUUCUGUCAAUCGUGUAUUUUUGAGAGGGUGUUGGGGUAAUUUUGGGGAUUACCAGAAAUUUUCAGAAGAAACAUUUUCGUCUUGAGAUUUGAGAUGACAAACAGAAUAAAUACCCACGACGACUUUUGACUCUUAAACGCUUUAUGGAAAUCGUGAGAUUAAAUAGACAGUCUCAAUUUUCAAGAACUUCGCGUAGUAAUUCAUCAUUUAUUCUGUUUACUACAAUGGUCCCCGAUUUUCCUCUCAACUCCUGUUCACAUUCUAGUUUUAAAUCUAGUUUAUUUAUCAGAAGUAUUUCUCCUUCUUCAAUGGAUGCGUGUGUGUUCAAUCUUAGAUAUUUCCAAAUCCCAUCACCUCAGCUCUUGAAUUAAUAUUUUUUUCGAACUCUAGAAACAGUACGUGUUAAGUUUUACGUAAACCCGAAUUUUACAGUAUGUGAGUUUUGGAGGAACUGAGGAAAGUACCUGGAGGUAAAAUGGGCCUUUUGUCUUUUUUUAUUUACACAUUAAAGACUUGGGAAUUAAUUAAUCCCUUGUAAUUAGUCUACUCUCCCUUCAAAGAGAGAACACCAGAAAUCUCUUUUCCUCAGAAAAACAAAUUUAUCACGUAAUUGAAAAUUAAAUGGGUUGUUGACAUUUAAAAAAUUCAAAAGCCACUUUUCCCGCCUCUAGGGGAUUCCUCUUUGUGUCGAUAUUUUGAUAAUGAAGUUACAGGUUCUUGAGGGAUGGAGGUGUUACGGUUCGUUGUUCGUUAUGAAAAAUAUAUUCAGGUAUCAUGUUCAAAUUUGGAAAAAUGAGGAGUUGGAGUUGUUGCAAGCACUGACGUGUACAUACAUUGUAUAGACAAAAUAAAUAUACAUAUAUAUUUUAUCCUA